AUCCUCAUGCCCGACACUGUGCCUAUGGAGCGCCGGGAGCUGCUGGAAGCCAUGGGCGCCCAGGUGGAGAUGGUGCCCUCGCCCAAGUUGCUGGAUAUGGCGGCCGCGUGCGUCGAGAGCGAGGGCCGGCUCCUGGUGCACCCCUUCGACGACCUCGACCUCAUCCGCGGCCACGCCUCCUGCGGCCUGGAGCUGCUCGAGGACUGCCCGGACGUCGACGUCGUGGUGGUGUGCUGCGGGGGGGGCGGCCUCGCGGCCGGGGUCGCCGCGGCCGUGAAGCUCUCCGGGAGCCGCGCGCGGGUCGUCGCCGUGGAGCCCGUGGGAGCCCAGUCCAUGCGCCUCAGCUUCGAGAGAGGAGAGCAGAGCUGGUGCCCCGGCGGCAAGGUGGACACCAUCUGCCACGGCCUCGCACCGCCGUUUGCUGGAAAGGCCACCUUCCGCCACUGCCAGGAGUUCGUGGACGAGGUGGUGCUCGUGACAGACGAGGAGGUGCGGGCGGCGGUGCGGUUCCUCUUCCGCCACGGCCACGUGGUGGAGGCCAGCGGCGCCGCGGCGGUGGCCGCCGUGCUCGCCGGGAGGUGCGGCGACCUCGCUGGCGGGCGGGUGGCGUGCACGGUGUCUGGCAGGAACGUGUCACCUCAGGCGCUGGCGGACCUGUGUGCGGAGUGA